UAGGCGGUAAUGCACCUAUGAGAGGGUUUGCCAGCCGCCGUUACAACCCAAAGAAAAAGAAGAGCAAGUCACCCAAUGGCUAACGACAUUACUGACUGUAAACCAUCUGUCAACCAAUCAGAAGAGGCAUUGGUGCUGAUAUGACUUUAGCGGGUACACUUUCGACAAAGAGGUUUCGAUCACCGCUCAAUAGCAUAGCGAAGUUUACAAGCAUCGUUUGGUAGACAGAAAGUCUGCGCGAUUGAAAGUACGGGCAUAAACGGUACCGCGGAUUUGUUCGUCUAGUAAGUUGUGUCAUAAAAAACAACAUGCGGGCUUUUCUUAUGUCUCGUUAUUUUCUUACUUCGCUUACUUUUCGGUCACAAUGCUAACUAGCCAGCUAACGCUAACGUCAGCUAAGUAGAACAUAAUUUUAAUGGUGCAUCGUGGUGGAACAUUAUCCUCUCUUGUCGUCACGUUAAACAGCUGAUAAACAAGAGCAGAAAGCACCAUCGUUAUUGGAUGGCAGUUGCCCCUUCCUGGAUGGCGGAUAAGAUCAUAGUCCUUGAUGAUGACGACGAAGAGGAGAGUCCUCAACCCUCCUGUGCUGCCUCCACCUCCGCCUCGUCCUCUAAGCAUCAAGCCAAACAUGUCUCGCCGAUCAAAGCUCCGCAGCCUGCCCCUACCCACAUUACCCAGUCCCCUUUUGCCUCAGCGAAGAAGCUGACUCAUGUUCUGCAGGCAGAGAAUCAAAAGUUGUUCGCUGAGUUUGUGGAACACUGCUCAGCUCUCACCCAGACGUGCCCCGAGGUCUUGGCCUUCCUCCAAACCAAACACACCAAGGCCUCCCCUGACUAUCUGACAUCCGUGGAGUUCAGGAACACCUUGGGGCGAUGUUUGACUCGCGCCCAAGCCAACCAUUCCAAAACCUUUGUCUACAUCAGUGAACUGUGCACUGCACUCAAGCAGCAUGCAGCCAAGCGGAGGCUGACCCUCACCAAGGUUAACCCCGGGCCCUCUACCUCAUCAUCAAGUUCUGUCUCUGUUGCGCCCAAAAGGGAAGACGAGGCUGAAGUUAAGAGGGAUGAGGAAGAGGAAGGAGUGAAUACGACAGCGGAGGAUAAGCCUUCCACCUCAGGGCUGCAGGAUGGCAAUAAUGAGGAAGCAGAGAAAAAGGCAAAGAGGGCAUCCAGGAAACAGAUAGCGUACCUGGAGAACCUACUGAAGGUGUACAACGACGAGAUCUGUCGCCUGCAGCAGGCUGAGCUGAGUUUGGACGACCUGGGAACUGAGGACUCCCUAUACAUCCAGGAACACAAGCUCAAACGCAAGAUGAUGAAGAUUUAUGAAAAGCUGUGUGAACUGAAGAACUGCAGCACGCUAACAGGCCGAGUCAUUGAGCAGAAGAUCCGCUACAGCGGCACUCGUUAUCCUGAGAUCAACAGGAAGAUUGAGCGUUUCAUCAACAGUCCUGAGGCGCUUAGGAACCCUCCAGAUUACCCAGACAUCCUCCAGCAGGUGCUGCGUGCCAAUGAGCGCCACAAUCUGUCCCUGAGCCGAAAACAGCUGAACCAGUACGCCCAGGAGGCUUUCAGGGAGACCGGGAGCAAAAUCCAGGAGAGACGUCACCUGGACCUGGUGUACAACUUUGGCUCGCGCCUCACUGACCCCUACAAGCCUGCCACGGACCCGGCUCUGGCGGACCCGUCACUGCUGCGGAAGCUUCGGGCGAACAGAGAAGUGGCUCUGUCCCGUCUGGAAGAGGUCAUCACUAAGUUUGCCGUCAAACAAGAUGACACGGAGGAGCACGAACGGGCCAAACGACUGGAGAAAGACAGCAAGGAGAAAGAGGUGCACAAAUCAGAAAAUGGAGAAGCAAAAAAAGUGGUGAACGGAGUGGCAGAGGAGGAGGAGGAGGGGGAGGAGGAGGAGGAAGAAGAAGAAGAGGAGGAUGACGAUGAAGAAGAUGAAUCGUCAGACCCAGACAUCGAGGAAGAAAUCCAGGCCAGCACGCAGCAGGAUGGACCAGACGAUGAUGAGAACGAUGACGACGACAGCAACGAGGCGGAACCAGCAUGUGACGGUACCAACAAGGAGGAUCAGACGGAUCAGCAGACGAGAAGCGUGUCUCCAGGGGAAGAAGGAAGCGCCAAAGAUGAGGACGAGGAGCCAGUCACAAGUGGACUCAGUCCUCUUUCUGAUGACAGCGAGUCUCUAAUCCCUCCGCUGUCUGCCCUCCCCUCCCCUAGACAGAGCCCCAGCCAAUCAGAGCCAGCGCAGACAGACAGCCAGACGCCGUUGUCUAACGGUAAACCUGCAGGAUCAGAGGAGCCCGUGGAUUCCUCCAAUCAUGUUCCAGUCGUGCUGGUAAGCACCAGCAACGUUGCUAAGGACUCUGCCGCCGCCGUCUCCGCAGCAGCGGCCAACGGAGUGUCUUUGCCCCUGUCGCCAGCAGUCGUCGUAGAAAACUGCGACACACAAACUAUCAAUGGAACGUCGUCAUCGCCGCCGCCCAGCCCCAAGACCACGAGGAGCAGGAAGAGGAAGAGGGGGGAAGUAACGCCAGGGAACUCCCGAAAGCACACACUCAUCCAUGACAGUGAGGUGGAUAUCCCUCUGGAAAUGGGCGUUUUCAGCUGCGAUUCUCCGCAGCAGGCAGAGUCGACCCGAGCAGACACACCAACCCAGGAAAUAGUCAGCAGCUCACAGUCGACACCGCCUCCAAAGAAAAACAAGGUCAACGUGGCCACCCAGUGUGACCCUGAUGAGAUCAUCGUCCUAUCAGACUCAGAAUAACCUUUUUACCUCUGACCUCUCACUGAACUCCGAGACUCUUCCACAUCUCGCCUGGAUUCUGGGACAGGUCUCCUGAGAGGACGCGUUUCUAAAGGACUGUCUUUGUCUGCUGGCUUUGUAAGAAGAGAAAAAAAAAAUGUCAUACUUUUUUUUUUUCUCCAAACAACAAUUGUGAAAUUUCUGUUAUAAAUAUGAUCUUAACAGUAAAUGAUUUUUCCAAACUACAACGCUAUUCUUGGCUGUGGAAAACAGGAACAACUAUGAAUUUAGUACCUCUUGUCACUUGAUUACAUAUUACAAUACAUAUAUAUAUAUUAUUUUUUUGGGGGGGGGGAAAUCAAGGGGUCUUCUUCUUCUGUGUUCCCUAGAGAAUACAGCUGUCCUUUAGUCUGACCAGAGAAACGUUGGCUGAUGUUGACCUCGGAAGUCUCUCUCUUUUUGCGGUAAAGAUGACUAUUGGACGAUCCAAGCAGGCAAACGCUCUGUCACCGUGUUUUCCUGCCUUCAGUGCAACGUUUCAGUUGGUCGUAGCGUUGAAAUGAGUUUUUUUGCUUCUCGGAACGCAGAGCUAAAAACACUUAUUUUGGGGUGAUUGUCCCUCAACUUGAACUUGUGUUAGUGUGAUUUAGGUAAGAACCCAGUGCCUGAAAACAUGUACCGUGCAGCCCGACGCGUGGCCCAGACGGGGGAGUUUUGUUUUCACAGACACUCGACUGGCAAGGGCUCCGUUAGCUCACUGCCAGUUUGUUUACAUUUCUAUAUUAUAGAUGCAUUUCUUUUCAUAAAGGAGAGAGUGGAGGUAGUGGUUUGUAUAAAGGUAUUUUGAGAGGACUUUGUUUUACUCGCUAUUUAUGAUGCAUUGAUGCUGAGCUGUGCGGUGGUUUGUAGUCCGCUGUCAGCAAGAUGUGUGGACCGCAGCAGUGACAUUGGAGCCUGACGUCUUUUAAUGUUUUCUUUUUAUGUUUCCCCUCAAAACGUAUUUCUAUUUUCAGGUUUCUAAUAAAGUACGUUUCUAUUUUUUAUUCAGACUUUUGUCUGCUGCAGGAUAGCUGGAUAGUUUCCAGAUAGCUAAAAAAAAAAAAAAAGAGAGAGAGAACGGAAGUUAGGAUUGAAGUAGCUCGUUCACUGCAUCUCAAACAGACUUGUGUCCCAGUGACACUGACCUUUGCCUCUGCCCGGCUACAAUAACUACUUUUAUUUACCCCCCAGUUUAAGCCCAGCCCAAAUCACAACUCCCCACAGUAAUUAUUUGUAUAAAUCCAAAAAAAAAAAGUCAAACCAUAAAUGCCAUUUUCUUUGUGUAACCAAACCUGACCCAGUUAAGGAUCCUGAACACCUGAGUGUAAUGACUAGAAGGAAAUGUUAGUCUGACCUGCAAUGAUUCACAAAACAUGUUUCAGAGUUGUUGGGGCAGCUAUUACAUUUCUGUCUCCUCCUGUCGAUACACUGCAUGUUCAGAUAAAUUUAGCAUUAGUUAAAAUUUAGAUUUUACAUUUAGAAUAAAGUUUGUUUAUUUUUUGUAGUUAAAUAUUGUUGCACAGUGCAACUAAGUGCAACUUGCACUUAAGAUCUCCAGCAUUUGAGAGAUUAUUUGUGUGACGACCAGUAUAUAAUGCGUCCUUUAUUAUAACUAGUUGUCUGGCUGGUCCCUCCAUAAUUGAGCACUGUUACAGUUGAUAGAAGUCUUUUGUCGAAGGGUAAUUUCUCAACUUUUUUUCCCUCCGGAAUCCCAUUUUUAUUUAAUUGUACCACAGGUUAAAAUUAUAUUUUGGGGGUAAAAAGCCAUUUCAAUUUCACGAAAUUGUAGGCUAGUCCUGGAAUGUAGCUACGAUCUAUCGGGCAUCAUAUAUGCAGAGGAGUGAUCCAUCAUUCACUGUGAAAUUUUUCUUCUUAAUUUUUGAUAAAUAAAAGAUAUGUUUUUAUACA